AUGCCGAUGCUCAAGGAGCCAUGGAAGAAAUACCAACCUUUCAAGCCGUUGAACCUGCCGGACAGGACAUGGCCUAGCAAGACAAUUGAAAAGCCACCACGAUGGCUGUCAACCGACCUGAGAGAUGGUAACCAGAGUUUAGUAGAUCCUAUGGAUGGCGCGCAAAAAUGGGACUACUUCAACAUGCUGGUUAAGCUCGGCUACAAGGAAAUUGAAGUCUCAUUCCCGUCUGCGUCGCAAACUGACUUCGACUUCACACAACGCCUCAUCCAGACGCCCGGCAUAGUACCAGACGAUGUAUGGAUCCAGGUCCUCUCGCCAUGCCGCAAAGAGCUCAUUCGCCGCACCGUCGACUCCCUCAAGGGCGCGCGCAAGGCCAUCCUCCACCUGUACCUUGCGACCAGUCCGUGUUUCCAGCAGAUUGUCUUCAAGAUGAACGACGAUGAGACAAUUGCCCUGGCGGUCGAAUGCACAAAGUACGCGCGAUCAAUAACCAAGGAUGAUCCCGAGCAAGCCGGUACAGAAUGGGCAUAUGAGUUCUCACCAGAGACCUUCUCAGAUUCAUCCCCAGAGUUCGUCAUCAAGGUCUGCGAGGCUGUCAAGGCGGCAUGGGAACCAAGUGUAGAGAACCCACUCAUCUUCAACCUCCCAGCCACCGUAGAGAUGUCGACGCCCAACGUCUACGCCGACCAGAUCGAGUACUUCUGCAAGAACAUUUCCGAGAGGGAGAAGAUUUGCGUCUCUCUGCACCCACAUAACGACCGAGGAUGCGCGGUUGCAGCAGCAGAACUGGCACAAAUGGCGGGCGCAGACCGAGUAGAAGGCACACUGUUUGGCAAUGGAGAGCGCACCGGAAACGUCGAUCUCGUUACGCUGGGCCUGAACCUGUACACCCAGGGCAUACAUCCAAAGAUUGAUUUCUCGGAUCUGAAGUCAAUUAUCGAUAUGGUUGAGAGCUGCAACAAGAUUCCGAUACAUCCCCGCGCACCAUACGGAGGUCAGCUUGUCGUGUGCGCCUUCAGUGGCUCACAUCAAGAUGCGAUCAAGAAGGGCUUCCAGAUGCGCAAGAAGAACGGCGCGACCAACGAGAGCCGGUGGCAGAUCCCAUACCUGCCCCUGGACCCGCAAGAUAUUGGCCGCACAUACGAAGCUAUCAUCCGUGUCAACUCGCAGAGUGGAAAGGGCGGAAUUGCCUGGAUCAUUCAACGCCAGCUGGAACUCGACCUUCCCCGUGGUCUCCAAAUUGCCUUCUCCAAGGUCGUACAAAAGGAGACAGACAUGCUCGGCCGCGAACUCCUGCCUACCGAGAUCACGAACCUCUUCGAAGAGGCCUACCACCUCAAGCGCAACCCCCGCUUCUCUCUGGUCGACUACGAGAUCAAGGCCGAUCGUUCAGAGACACCUUUGCCUCCACAAGACGGCCGAACAGCCAGCAGCCGCAAUCUGCGCCGUAUCUUCAACGGUGUCAUCGAAAUUGACGGCCAGGAACACAAGAUCCAGGGAUCGGGUACUGGUGCGCUAUCGUCGCUGGCCGAUGCACUGAGGAGUCUGGGCAUCGACCUUGACGUUGUAGACUACAACGAGCACACCAUCGGUACAAGCAAAGACGCAAAGGCUGCAACUUACAUUGGUUGCACAGCUGCACAAAGCAGUCAAAAGGUCUGGGGUGUCGGUAUUCACCAGGAUGUGGUUCAAGCUUCUCUCAUCGCGAUGCUGAGUGCUGCUUCCUCAUUCCUUUCAUCGAGACCUACCACACCCAUUCCCUUCCGCCCCAAGCGAUCGAAUACGCUCGAGAUCCCCAGCCCAGAAUCAAGUCCCAGCCGAAAAGAGGGUAGCACAAUAGUGGAUAAGCUUGAAGCAGCCGUUAAUGGCGAUCAAGCGGAUGUGAAGAGCGCGGGAGUGUAA